AUGGGAAACUUCGUGUCAACAACGGGAGGGGCCUUCACACCAUCCGACGCCUUCUUUUUGUGUGAAGCGACCCGAACCGGAUCGCUUGAUAUUGUGCGGCUCUUCCUUAAGAAGAAUCCUGCAUUGGUGUACGCAACGGAUGCCAGUGAAAAAUCAACACCCUGGCACGUCGCAGCGGCUGCGGGCCACGACGUGGUCGUUAGGGUAUUAAUCGAUACCACCCGUGCGAACUCCUUAUCCAACAACUUCGAUCCUGUUUCAAAGGUUAUCAACAAGCAGAAUGCCAAAGGACAGACGCCCCUCAUGCUGGCGUGUGGCGGUGGACACAGCAUAUGUGUACGACUACUCCUCGAAAGCGGCGCGCUUUUACUAGUUGCAGAUGCAACGGGACGGUCAGCGCUUCACUAUGCGGCCCUCCAUUGCCGUGCGGACGGCAAGGGCAACGACUGCGUGGAGCUGCUGCUGGCGCACAUGCAGCAGCAGCUUAUUGCGCAGGGCCCGGCUGCAGCGCCCCCCCAAGUGCAUGCCAACGUCAUCCGAAAAUUUGCGGACACGGGCGACAUGUACGGCAGGACCGCACUACACUGCGCCGCCUGGUCAGGCAACACACGCGCCGCACACGCGCUGUGGGCCGUGGGCGCGGAUAUUUGCGCCCGUACGGAGACAGACUGCUACGACGCGGAGUUGCCCUGCAAUAACGGCACUACACCGCUCCACUUUGCAGCUAUGCGCGGUCAUCAGCCCGUGGUAGUGCUGCUGCUGGCGGCCUGGCAUCGCAUGGCCACGCGGCCCGGGUCGCCGCUUCCACGGCCAGCUUUUGCGAGGGCGUUGCUGCAGCCUCUCAAACUUCACGACCCAGCCUCGCUGCCGCUGCCGGGGCUGCCGUCCGCAGCGGCCGAGGGCCACGAGGGUCAAGUGCCGGCAAAGGAGGCGGAGGCUCAAGGUGAAAAGGAUCAGCAGGACCAGGGCCCGGAGGCACAAACUACCAGCUCAGCUCCUGGACAGGCUGCUGGCGAGAUGGAGCCAGCAGAGGCGCAACUGCAUAACAAGGUGGAUGGCCUGAAGCAGCAGCAGCCGCAUGGGGAUAGGAAGGUGGACAGCGAAGAGCGGGGUACGGACCAGGACAAAGUGGGUGAGAACACAUCUGGGCAGGACGGUGCUAAGGAGUUCUCAGCUGGCGCCGGAACCUGCGGGGAGCAGCGGCAGCAAGAAGAUGCUUCAGACGGAGUGCCCGCGGCACCGGCCGCCGGGGAAGACCAGCGGGCUGCGAAUAGGACGUCCGCGCCGCAGUCGGGGCCAGCUUCGGAAAGCGGAAGGGCCGAUGGCGGCGGCGACGACAGCAGCAGCCAGAGCGUCAAGAGCAUGGACGUCACUCGGUCGGCACCCGCAUUGGAGCUUCCACCGCCGCCCGAGCCGCGGGCGCCCGCCAUGGACCCCCGGGUGAUGGUUGAUGCGUACGGGAUGACGCCAUACACCAUUGCAUGCAAGCGCAAGCAAGAGCGCGGCUCUAUGCUCAUUGAGCUGUUAGACCCGGCCACGGACUUCGGUGGCGACGAGACGCCCUCGGAAGGUGACGAUGGUGAUGGCGACCGCGGCAGCGGCGCGGAGGGUGAUGGAGGUGACGGGGAGGCAGCUGCUCGCGGGUCAUCCGACCUGCUUAGGUACAGCGGCAAAGCUUACGGCGCAGACCCUGAUGGUGACGACGACGACGACGCGGAUUCGGACGCGGCCGCAGCGGGACCGCUUCUCUUAUGGGAGGGCGUGGAGCUCGUUCGCGACAUUGCGGCGAACCCGGAUUCUUUUUUCAAGUUGCAGCAGACAGUGUCGCUUUUGCAGCCGCAGCUUGAGGACGACAAGCCCGGUGCCGGAGACGGGAGGGGCAGGUCCGCGGCUGGGAUCUCCGAUUCCGGCAGCGGUAGCACCCUUCCGAUUGGUCGGGCAGCGAACGCCCCCUCGAGGUUGCCGGUCACCACCACGACGGAGGUUGUUCCGGACUGCUUCCUGUGUCCGUUGACCUGCAAGGGGAAAAAGUUCCGAAGUCAAUAUGCCCACCUCUAUACGGCUCUAUACGGUCUGCGCCUUCAGAUUGACGCUCGCGACCGCGUUCCGCAAUCGUUGGCACCCCUAGAUCCGUGA